CCCCGCUACACCUCAUCAUCAUUAAUUUUGGCUUCAAAAAAUGUUCUUUCCACGUCGGUGUCUAUCGAAACAAGAACUUAAAUAGUCUCCAAACUUCUCUAGUUUUUCUGCAUAAUACAAAACUUCCCAAAUUCUCACUCUUCCAGUCUGUUUCCUCAGUCUCUUUUCUCAUUGAUCAUCCAAAACCAUGUUCUUGUAUUCUAUAAUGGAGUUAUUCACUCAGGCUGCUUCAAGUUCAGCUUUCAUCUUCUGUUUCUGCAAUCUGAUCAUAGUGAUCAUCCUGCUAGACCUGAAGCCAAGGCUCAGUUUUGAUCAAGAAAGUGAGAUUCCUGUGUCUAUGUCCAGAGUCCAAGGCACAACCCAGAAAGCAGAAGCAAAUUCAAAGGGUGUAGCCCAGAAGGAAGAAGGCGGAGAAAUGUCACAAGAUCAGCAGAAAGAGGAGGAAACAGAUGAGAAUUGCAGCAAUGAGGUAGAGGUAGAAGAAGAAAUUCAAGAGGAAGAAGAAGAUGAUGAGCUGAGGAGGAGAGUGGAAGAGUUCAUAGAGAAAGUAAAUAAAGGCUGGAAAGCAGAAUUUUUUAGCACAUAAUUUGGCAUCGGAAUCUUCUUUUUCUUCUUUAAUUAUUUCCAGUGAGGCUUAAUAGAUAACUCAGAUAUCAUAUCAGUGUGUAAUGAGACUGUGCCGAUAAAUUUUGUUGUACAACUGAGACUAAGAAUUUCACUUUUGCUCCAGAGAGUGAGUUUUGUUCUUUGUUUUUUUUUUUUUUUUGUUGAGGAUAAUAUGACAUUAUUCUUGCUCACAUGGAUAAGGUGAAAAAGUGAUGCGAUGGGCAUAAGUGGGAUUUGCUGUUUGAGAGAA